AGCUUGUCAAGGUUUUUUCCCCGUCACUUCUUGCGCUUCCCUCCAGAUCCUCUUUCUCCUCUCUCUGUCACUCGUCCUCGCCGUUCAUCUGUGUGUCUUCCGCGCCGCCUUCCUCUCUCGUCCUUUCCUUCAACGACCGCGUUUGUCCGCUCGAGAUUCUUUUCUCCUUUCUCUCGUCCUUUCUUGCCUUCUUCUUCUUCUUUCUCUCUUCCUUCUUUCUCUCAUCCGUCUUUCUCUGCUUCUUCCGUCUCUGCUUCUUCGUCUACCUCUGGAUUGCCCGGUUCGCGAGCGAUGCGCCAGCUCGAUAGAAAUGUGUGGUGUUCGCAGGCGAGACAACACAGUGCAUGGCGGUGUCAGGCCGUUCCUCUUGAGCGUUUGAGAGGUUCCUUCGUGCACUCCUUUGCAGACGAGACUUCGUCGGACAAAGCCGCGAGUUGCGCGCUCAAAGCCGCGUUCGUUUCCUUCCCGCCGAGGCGUCGGCGAGGAAAAAUGCGCAAAGUGGGCUCAGGGAAGUCCCCCGAAUCGCGGGUCGCUGUCGCCUUCCCGAUGCUUUCGCUGAGUGCCUGUCGGCCGCUCUCUCUCGGUUCUUCCUACUCGGUUUCUGCCUUGCCGCGUUCCUGUCUCUGUCUGCUCCUCUUCCUCGUCACUGUCCUCCUUUUGUGCAGCUCCUGGACGCUCACGCGACUUCUGCCAGCGCAGCUUUCCCCGCAAAACCUCGCAGCCGCGCCUCGCGAAGAAACGGCGCCGGAAAAUGCGCUCGACAGCCCCGAGCGCCCCGGCCGUACGUACGCGCCAGCUGGGGUGUCUGGGGAGCUGUCGAGCGGAGCGGAGGCGGCGAGUGAGGCGCUGCGUUCUGCAAACGCUCGCGAAGGCAGCCGAGAACUGAUCUCUCGGGGCGACACUGAGCUCAGGCUCCACCCGGACCGCCUGAGAGGCCGCGGCGGAACGUUUUCUCCAGACAGAACUGCUGUGCGCGACGCGCGCCAGGACCGAGGAAUUCCGCGAGGCGGCGGCGUAGGCGGCCUUGAGCAAGGAGGCAAAAAAGAACAAACCGACCGGGACGUUUGCGGACAGUCCGAGACACACCCGUGUUCGGUCGUCUUCAUCGCAGACCUCGACGUCGGCAGCCGCGUCGACUCGGCGGCAGAAGGCGGGAAGCCUGGCGAACUGCUGUUCAAGAGCUACGCGCUCAAGGGCCAGCUGUAUCGACACCCGAGAAGCGGCCGCGCCGAGGCCAGGCGAGCCGAGGCGCGCUCUGCGACCGCCGAGGGAGUGGAGAGCGCAGACUUCCACUUUCGAUUUUCGCCUGACGAAGUCGACGUUCUGUACGGCAGCCACAACGUCGGCGGGAGAGGCAUGGAGCUGUCGGAGCUCGUGAUGUUCAACGAAGAGCUGCUCACCUUCGACGACCGAACGGGCAUCGUCUACCGUUUCCACUGGCGAGAGAAGCGCCUUGUGCCCAAGUGGCUUCUCGUCGAGGGUGACGGACAAUCCAGCGACAAAGGCAUGAAAAUCGAAUGGGCUACUGUCAAGGGACAACAUCUCUACGUCGGAUCCUUUGGGAAAGAGUACACAGACAACAACGGAAACAUUUUACACCGCCACAACUUCUGGGUGGCGAUUAUCGACGGACAAGGAAGAAUCAAAAGAGAAAACUGGGAAGGCAUUUACGAAUCCAUGAAGAAGGCCCUAGGCAUACAAUAUCCAGGCUACAUCAUCCACGAAGCCAUCAACUGGAGUGACAAACUGAAUCGUUGGGUCGUGCUUCCGAGGCGAGUCAGCCGGGAGCCUUACGACGACGUCAAAGAUGAGAGACGUGGAAGCAACAAGCUGCUGCUGUGCAGCGAAGAUUUCUCAAACAUCGACGUUGUUGACAUCGAGACGCCUCUCCCCGUGGAUCCCCGCAAAGGUUUUUCCUCUUUCAAAUUUGUUCCAGGGACCGGAGACAAAGUUAUUUUGGCGGUGAAGUCUCUGGAAGACUCGACGCAGAACCUGCAACAGUCUUUCUUGACGAUCUUUGACAUCUCUGGUCGCGUGCUUCUUCCGGAUACUCCUUUUCCGCAUGAAAGUAAAUACGAAGGCGUUGCGUUCGUCUGAAGAAGAAGAAGAGAGUCCAGCAAGGACGAAGAUGGAAAAAAGAGGACGAGGCGGCGAACAAGAGGAGAGAAGAGCGAGACGAGGAGAGGAAGAGGACGGAGGUAGCCGGGCGGAAAGGAAGAAGCGCGAGAAGGAAGAAGAGGAAGAGAAGAUUUUUACUUUUCAAGGUCGCCAGCGGAGAGGGAGGGUCUCUGGAAAGGGAGACAGUUGAACAGAGUAAACUCCGCCAGGCGGCAUAUGCAGGGAAAGCGAGCGGCGAGUCCUCUCGAGCAGUUCUUUAAUCUGUCGUCUGCGCCCUCAGGGAGAGAAACGCUACAUCCGGUGAUCCGCGUUUCCGGAAACAUUGUCGAUGAAAAAGUUUCUUCACUUUAAAAAUGUAUCUGGGCGUCCAUGCGCCUGUGCAGGUGUACGAUCCUGUUCUGCGCGCUUUAUCCGAGGAUAAGCCGCACAGCUUCCGGCACCGUUUUCGCUCUUUCCUGGGCGCGCGCGUGGUGCGUCUCUCCGUUGUUCAGUUUCUUGUCGCCUCCUCCGUUGCUUUGACUCCUGUCUCUCAGAGGCUUUUUCCUCGUCCGGCAUGUGCCUGCAUGCGCGCUGUCUGUUCUUGUGUCGAUCCUGAAACUGGCUUGUCGGUGGCUCACAACUGGAGUCCUCGUUCAGGCUCCUAUAGGUACCUGCUGUCUCUCCUCGACGCAAGGUUCUCCAGGGUGCCCACAGGCAGGCGCCGAAGAGCUGGAUGCUCCUGGAUUCCUCGGCUGUACGUACACCUGACUCUGCGUGACUCAUGCGCGUUUCGACGCGCAGUGAAAGAACUCUCUCGAAUCGAUUUCUUGUGAGCUUUCGAGGAAGUGAGAGAAAAGUCUUUCUCAGCAGACGCGUGUCUGCCCCUGCACAAGACUGCUUCUUCUGGCGAGGGAUAUAAGGUCGGGAAGUUGCGCGGCAGUCUUCU